UAGAAACAAAAUAUUCCAGAAUAAAAAUAGAUAGUCAACUUUAAUUAAUGGAUGCCAUAAUACAAUUGUUUCAAAAACACAUUUCACCAGAAAAGCUUCAGGAGCAUCGUUUGGGAUGGGCAAAUAUCACCAGCACGAUAGCAGUUUCACUUUCUAAAUCAUUUUUAGAUACAGAAAAUACAGAAUUAAAAAAACUUAUCUCUACAAUAAACCAAUCUAUUUUUUCUACAAUUGAACCCAAUCAUGCAAAAAAUGUCCCAAUUUUACAUGAAACAAACUUGCAAAUGUUAACAUUAAACAGUUCAAACCAAGAUUCAGACAAAUCUGUUAUUAAUAUAGAGAACAAAACAAGUAUAGAAACUGCUUUGAAUCCUACUCCUAGCUCAAACAAAGCAUCAUCUGAAUUUGAAAAAGUUACUAAGUUGCAAGAAACAAAAUUGUUAACUGUUGCUUCUGCAUGCGUAAAUGUUUUAACUCGAGUUUUAAAUGAAUCAUUUCUAACCUAUGAAGUCAAAGUCAUACCCAGUGGUAGUAACGUUGAAGGUGCCAACAUGGCACGACUUUUUUUUGAAGACAGUCAAAAAGAGAUAGAGUUAGACAUAAUGUAUCAAGUAGCACAAGUUAAUAAAAUGUGUUUAGAGCAGUGCGAUAAGAACAAUCCUAUGUUUGUUCAUAUUUUGUUGGAAAUUGACCCUAAUGUAAUUGAUGAAUGUUUAAGGAGUUGUGAGAACAACCUUCAUAAAUAUUUUGCCUGUGAUUAUAAGAAUUCCAAAUCAUAUCUUAGCAGUGAUGUUCUAAAAUCUGACGCAAAGUCUUUUUUUGACUCCGACUCUCCUGAUUUUUUAAAACACAUAGGAGGUUAUACACCUUAUAAAGUUCUUCGCAGCUGGGAAUCUAAAGAUGCUGCUGGAACUUUUAAUAUAAUAUUUUCAAAUGAUCAUGAAUGCGAAGGCGAACGUGAAAGCAAUCCUAAAGUUUCUGAAAAACAUGUUAUUGAUGAAAUAGCUAAUGCCUCUCCUGAGUUUGAACAGCGAGCCAAACAUCUGUUACAAGCACUUGUACAGAUUCAACACAAUUUUCUAGAAUCAAGAUUUAAUGGAAAAACAAAAGUUGAACAAAUAAGUUUAGCAAUUGAAUGGUCGAACCAAUGUUUAUUAUUGACAGACACUUUGUGUGAUCAUCGCCAAGAAACUAUAGGUUAUGCUUUAAGGCAACUUAUAGGAUUUGAAACAAAGAAAUUGACUGAAAGUAUUCGAGUUCCUGUAAGACAAAAGUUUGAAAACCAUAUAUCAAAUUUAAAUAAAUUUUUAGUUGAACCAGAUUCAGAUGAAGCUGAACAAAUAUUGCUUGACUUUGAAACUGAUGCAAAAAGCCAACGAUCUAUUACUGGUUUUGAUGCGUUCUUAGGGCAGGAAUUGCUUUUUAUGAAAACUGCACGUUUUGCUCAGAAAGAUGCAGAAGAUCCUAAAUACAACACUAAUGAUUUGUUAAAUUUUUCAGAAAAAAAUAUAUCAAGAAUGUCAAUUGAUUUGGUUUUUUGUUUAAAAUGUAAUUUUUGGCCAGAAAUUGCAGCAGAGUGGCCUAAAAGAGAAAGACUCUGGCCUGAGCAAGCAACCAUCAAAAAUAUUGUUGCAAAUGGGAUACACGUUGUUUGCAAAGAACUUCAACAUAGUGCUAUUGACUGGCGACUGUCGUUUUCAGUUGCCGAGAUAGAAAUUGCUAAGCUAUGGACAACCUGGCAACACUACAUUUAUUUUAUUUUUAAAAGUCUGUUUUACAAAUAUCUUAAACCUUUGUCGAACAAAGGUAUUAAAGUUAUAACGUCAUAUUUGGUUAAAACUGUUAUGCUGAACGUAAGUGAAAAUUUUAAGCAGUCAUGGUGGUGUAAAGAGAAUGCUGGCGAGUGUCUGUACAUAUUGCUAAUGACAUUAAUUUCUGCUUUCGAAAGUAGAGUAUUACCACAUCAUUUUGUACCUACGUUUAAUUUACUUAAAGGGGUGUCAGGUGAUAAAGAAGCAGAGCAAAUUUUAGAUACCGCUGCUAAUGAAUUAAAUUCCCUGCUUUUAAAAACAGAGGAGGUAGCUUCAAAUUUAUUAGCAUCCUUAGCGAUCAUAGAUGAAUUUUUAAAGGUUUUUGAAACACAAACAGCAAUGAAAACUCGAAUAGACAAUGAAUUAUUGCCAUUCAUUAAGCAAUGCUGUUUAUCUGUUAAUCCUUUUAGCAAUUAUGAUUUCAACGAAAGAGAGAAGUAGUAUUUUUAAACAAACUUUUUACGAAGAGAGCUUUUUGAAAUAUUUAUCAAUUUGUUUACAACAUGAUUGUUUGCUUAAGUUUUUCUCUGAAGUAUAGUAGUUAUAAUAAAUACUGCGGUUUUAGUUUAUGGUUUUUAGCUUAUGUCUAUCAAGAUUUAAAGGUAAAUGAGUUCAAUUAAUUUUAUAUAUUUUUAAAAUAAAAUUUUUUAAAUUGAAUUUAAAAGUUGAUAUUUUUAUCGUAAUUAUUGAGCUUUUGAUUCAAAGUUUGUAUUUUUAAAUUUUGAUUAGAGUUUGUUUUUUCGAUUUU